AUGGAGGUUGACCUGGGAAGCCAGCUUGCACUGCUGCUGGGCAGCAUCUUGAAGGUGAGUGCUUCCGAGUUGCAGGUGGAAGAGCUCCUGCCUGGCCUGGAGCAUUCGAAGGCUCACCUGGAGCCCUUGGCAUUGCAGGAGUUCCUCCAAAGCUUCCCUGCCAAGCUCCUCAUGACAGACCUCUACAAGGACUGGAUGGCAGCGAUGCAGAAGAGCAGCAAGGAAGAGAAAAUGGAAGAGCUGAAAGCCUAA